UAACCAAAUGGUCACUACUUUAAGCCGAUAUUAAUGACAAUAUAUAUGUCGUUAUUAAUGAAUUGCACACAAAAUGCAUGUUUUGGCGCAAAGCAUGAGAUGACAGACAUUAUCGACAUUUACAUUGAAUUGCAUUGAAUUUGACGGCAAUUGCUAUUAAUAUAUCGUUUUAUAUAUACAUUGACUGUAUUGUCCAGCGAUGACAAUACCAAUUGAUAAUAAUUUCCGAGUCAACACAUCGGUUGUCAACAGGACAGAUGUGACCACUGCUAACCUAUAUGAUGGUGUGGCCAUCAGUGUUGACCACUUCCUCACAACCGACUCGACGUUUCCGCAAAUGUUGGAAACAUUAAAAGCUACUCAAAGGUAUCCAACGGUAUCGGGACUACAGGACAGUGAUUAUCCUAACAUAAAUGACUGGACAGCCGGUACACAACUAUCGUUAUCACAGUUCACACCAUUGACUACUAUUCCUCUUCCGAAAGGAUUACUCGAACAGUUUACUCACAUUCAACAAAACUGUGAAAUGGGAAUCAUGACAGAGAUCCGUAGGGCGUGGGUUGCCAUCGAUUGCUAUAUUUAUCUCUGGAAUUACGACAAUGCAAGUGAUGUCGCCUAUUAUGAUGGCUUAAGCGAAACUAUUCUUAGCGUUGGUCUCGUACAACCAAAAGAUGGUGUCUUUAAACCACAUAUUAAAUAUCUAUUGGUGUUAACCACGGCUGUAGAGAUAUUAUUGUUAGGCAUAACUUUUACUCCCAAUGAAGAUGAUGGUGACUCUGGCGAUCUUCUUCUAGUUCCGGAUCCUAUAUUUAGAAUAUCGACCGAUAAUAUUGUAAUGAAUGUAAUUUAUGGAUCACAUGACGGCCGCAUAUUUCUUGGAGGAAGAGAUGGAUGUGUUUAUGAAGUGACGUAUCAGGCAGAAGACGGAUGGUUUGGUCGCAAGUGUCGGAAAAUUAAUCACUCGUCGAGUACGCUGUCAUUCUUGAUUCCCGCAUUUUUUGCAUUAGCCAAAGAUGAUGAAAUAAUUCAGAUCGACAUCGAUAACAAAAGACAUAUAUUGUAUACAUUGACCAAAAAUGGCACAAUUGAUGUCUUUGAUUUGGGUGCCGAUGGAAAAAGCACUUAUAGAGUGACUUCAAAGUCAUUAAAUUCUAUUGUAAACGAGGCAUCAGCUGUGGCUCAAACUAUAGAUCAAUUAAAUUUUAAGCCAAUUAUUUCUAUCAAUGCUAUUGAUGAAAGUGAAUCAAUUCAUAUUAACCUCAUUGCUGUAACUAAAGCAGGUGUGAGACUAUAUUUCACAGCAACAUCAUUGACAUCACCAGAACAGAGACCUUUUGCACUAAGUUUACUUCACGUACGUCUUCCGCCCGGCUUUACUGCUUCGCCAUCAAUACAGAGACCGACAUCAGUACACUGUUCUUACUUUAAUAGAGGAACACUUCUUAUGGUUUCAUCGCAUAUUGAAAAUAAAGAUUUUUUAUGGACGAUAAACAAUGACUCGUUUGCUUUCAAUUUAGAACUAAUGGAACUGUUUUCUGUGUCUCAACUAAGCAGCAAAAUAUGGCGAAUUGCUGAAGAAACUAAAGCUCUUCCCUAUAAACCUUAUCAUCAAUACGUUCUCAAGAAUAAAGUGGUUUCAUUGGAAACACCACUAUUAGUCACCCAACAUAUGGAAGAGCCGCGAAAAUUUGUUUUCUUGACAUCUCAAGGCAUUCAUAUUGGAUACAAAACUAGAAUUGUUGACCAAUUAUAUAAACUUUUGGUUGACAAUCAAGGCUAUGAUAACGAAACAGUUAAAGCAUUUUUUGCAUUACAUUCCGGUGCACAGGGAUGUGCUAUUGCUCUCAUACUUGCGUGUGGAUUAAAAUCAUCACAAGAGGCAAAAAUAAAAGAAUGGGCCACUUCUGCCUUUUUUCAUUAUGGCGGUGACCCACAGCUUACCAACUCUCAAAUGAUUCAAACGCAUAUUCAACAACCAUUUCCUCAUCAACCAUAUACUAGUCCGACUUUUGAUCGAUCACUACAUCAGGUCUCAACACCAGUCUCUUCAACCAAUCAGCCAUUAUUUUCGACGCCAUCGUCUCCUAUUCAGCCACAAUCACUGCACACAAGUUAUAUGAGCCCAGAGAUGUCUUGUCAAAUAGGACAGCAAUCCACCGGUGCUGUUGUAUCAGUUGGUACUCAGUUUUCAAAUAAACACAAUGCAGUGUAUCUUUACUUUUCACGAAUCAUUCGUCCCUUUUGGAGUCUCAAGUGUGUCAGCUCUCAAAAGACAAUGACGUCUGAGGGACACAAAGAGCUAUUAAUGUCGAACAUAUCGCUGAAUGAAAUCAAAGCAUACGAUAAUCGAUUAACCGAAUUAAGAGACUUUCUUAAAACUAAUAUUAAGUUUUCACCAAAUCUUGAAAAUGAUAACAGAAAAGAUAUUUUUAAAGGAAGUGAUAUUUAUGCCAAUGAAAAAACUUCAUUAUAUUUAUUGGUUAAACUUAUUGAACAUUGUAUUGAAGUAUUAGGUCUCUGGAAACUCUUAUGUGACCAUCAAUUCCACGCCGUUACUAGUGUUUUGCCAAUUGAAAAGCAAACUCAAUUGAUUGGAAUGACUUUUAAAGAUCUUGUUGUUUAUGGCAAUGAAAUGACAACUUUAUUGGCCAGUGCUUUGGUCCGGCGUUUUAUUGAAGACAACUCAACAACAGAUAUAAUCAAUAGACGAUUACAAGAUGUUUGUCCAUCUAUUUAUAAGAAUGAGAAUGCAUUGCAUGCAAAAGCACAUGAAUUAGUAAUGAAAGCCAAAUCGAUAACAAAUCCGACGGAUAGAUCGUCACAAUUGGAAACGGCAUUGAAUUUGUGCAAAAAAAUCGGCGCUCGUAUUAAUUUACCCGCAGUUUGUGAACUCUUUCAAUCGGUUCAUAUGUAUGAAGCUGUGGUCGACAUUUGUCUACUGACCGCUCAAAAUCGUGAUCCACAAAAUUUAGCCCUUCAUUACUACAAAAAUGGCGAACCAAUUGAAGAUCAAAUGGGAUAUUAUUCAUAUAAUAAUAGAAAUGAAUGCUACAAAUUGUUAUUAGAAAUAUAUGAACGACUCGUACAACAAAGCAAAUCAUUGCUUAAUCCCAGAGUCGAUGAAUCGAUUAAAACUGUUCUUUCAUUAGAAGAGGCAAAGAAACGGUCCAAUGAUUUGUUAAGUCGAGCCAUUGAGUCAAACGAUGAAUUAUUUCACAUAUCUUUAUAUAAUUGGUUGUAUGAGUUCCAACAAAGUGAUAAACUUCUUGAAAUAAAGUCUCCAUAUUUGGAAAAUUAUCUCAAACGCAAAACUUCAGCAUUUAGUGAUUCAAUUGCAUUAAUGGACUUACUUUGGAUGUAUUAUGAAAGGAAUGGUCAUUAUAGAGCUGCUGCUCAUAUAUUGACCAAAUUAGCUGAACGGCAUAGUCCUGAAGUUAGUCUUUAUAAACGACUUGAAUAUCUGUCCCGAGCUAUAGUCUGUAUGAAGAGCUCAGACUCACGUCCGACAUCUUUAUUAGGAGAUGAUAGUCAGUCUGCAGGAGAAAAGUUGCACGAAUUGGAAGAGAAGAUGGAAGUGGCGCGUAUUCAGCUUCAAAUUCUUGAGCACAUCCAGAAGUUAACAGAUACACCACUAACUCAUGAGGCUAUUAAUGCAUUAAAUAGUGAUUUGCUUGAAAUUACAUCCCUUUAUGAAGAGUUUGCCGAACGAUUUAAUUUACCCGAAUGUCAAUUAGCAAUACUUCAUUGCGCCGGACAUUACGACCCGAAUUUAAUUGAGACCAUUUGGCACAAUAUUUUUGAUAAUGAUUUACGAGCCAUUCACUCAUUAUCUACCGAAGCGCAGAAAAAUUAUUUAACCACAAAAAUCAGAAACUUUGCCAUAAUAUAUGCAAACGCCGAAAAAUAUUUUCCAAUUGAAUUUAUUGUCAAAUACUUGGAAACCAAGACUCAAAACAUUGGAUUUGAAGCUCAAUGGUUGGCGCAAUGUUUGCUUAGUUUAGAUAUCAAAUUAUCAAAUUUACUCAAUCUUUAUCACAAACUUUACCGAUCGAGAGAAUUGUCCAUUUCUUGGCCUCGAAAACAGAUUCAUUUGUUGAGAAUCUUAACUUAUUUGAUCGAUACGUUCACUCAAAUGCAACAAUUGGUUGAUUUUGCCGAAAGGCGUCAAUUUUGUAAUAAAACUCUUGAUAUAAUAUCCGGUUAUUUACUUGAUUUGCAAACUAUGGAUACGGAAGACAAAGACGUGAAAAAUUUGUUAAUUGACUUAAAAUCACUUAAAAGUCGUGUCGAGCGAUGUCUUUGAUUAACUGACUUUUACUUUAGUUCACGAUUUAUAUUAUUUUAAAUAAUUUUAUAUUAAUUAUUAACAUAUUUUACAAUAAAAAAUAUGAAUAAAAAUCUUGUU